AUGCAGCCUGGUCACUCCCAGCUUGAGAAGUUCCCCUUGCCCUGGGUGGCCAUUGGCGGUGCUUGGUGGGUGUCCCUUGUUCCUGGCUGGCUGGGGCCCGGGGUUCAGGAGUCUCCCCCAGCCCCAUGGGCCCCCCCAGGAUGUGUGGUCCAGCCCGGCCAGGCCUCCCGCUCCCAGCUGCCCGCAGCUGGGCCAUCUGGAACCGCCUCCUGGAGGACAGGGCAGGACAGAGUCAGUGAGUCCGGGUCUGAGUCAGUGAGGGGGGUGGUAUCCGCGGGCACCCGGCUAAAUAAAGCGCCUCGUUUGCUCCUCACAGCACCCCGUAAGACGGGGACACGGUUACCCCAUUUUAUAGACAAGACGAAGGGACUUGCUCAUGUCACGAAGCUGGAAAGGAGGAUGGAGGGGCAGGAAGGCGGUCUGUCCAGACCUGCACUCUGGGCCCCGCCCCUCCUUGCAGAGUCCAGCUGGCCUUGUGGACUGAGGGCAGCAUCCUCAAUACCUCCUGGAGGGGUGUCAGGCCACGACAUCAACGGCGCCCUGGAGCCCUCCAACAUAGACACCAGCAUCCUGGAGGAGUACAUCAGCAAGGAGGACGCCUCUGACCUCUGCUUCCCUGACAUCUCUGCUCCAGCCAGUGCGGCCUCCUACCCCCACGGGCAGCCAGCGAUCCCCGGCUCCAGCGGGGUCCACCACCUGAGCCCCCCCGGGGGCGGACCCUCACCGGGUCGCCAUGGCCCCCUCCCACCCCCGAACUACAGCGCCCCGCUCAACUGCAACAACAACAACGGCAUGGGUGCUGCUCCCAAGCCCUUCCUGGGGGGCUCUGGGCCCCCCAUCAAGGCAGAGCCCAAGGCUCCCUAUGCCCCCGGCACGCUGCCAGACUCCCCCCCAGACUCUGGCUCCGAGGCCUACUCCCCCCAGCAGGUGAAUGACCCCCAUCUCCUGCGCACCCUAACCCCUGAGAGCCUGUGCCACGUGGGGGUGCCCUCCCGCCCGGAGCACCCCCCGCCGCCGGCCCCGCCACCCCCGCCUCACUACCCCAUCCUGCAGCGGGAUCUGUACAUGAAGGCUGAGCCUCCGAUGCCCCCCUACGCUGCCAUGGGGCAGGGGCUGGUGCCCACCGAUCUCCACCAUACCCAGCAGUCCCAGAUGCUGCACCAGCUGCUGCAGCAACACGGAGCCGGAGCCGAGCUCCCCACACACCCCUCCAAGAAGAGGAAGCACUCCGAAUCACCCCCCAACACCCUCAAUGCCCAGAUGCUGAAUGGAAUGAUCAAACAGGAGCCCGGGACUGUGACAUCCCUGCCACCGCACCCAGCUCGAGCCCCAUCCCCACCCUGGCCUCCCCAGGGCCCGCUCUCACCCGGCCCUGGCUCCUUGCCCCUCAGCAUCGCCCGGGUCCAGACGCCGCCUUGGCACCCACCAGGUGCACCCUCACCAGGUCUCCUUCAGGACAAUGACAGCCUCAGUGGCUCCUACCUGGACCCCAACUACCAGUCCAUCAAGUGGCAACCACACCAGCAGAACAAGUGGGCGACACUGUACGACGCAAACUACAAGGAACUGCCCAUGCUCACGUACCGCGUGGACGCCGACAAGGGUUUCAACUUUUCCGUGGGCGACGACGCCUUCGUGUGCCAGAAGAAGAACCACUUCCAGGUGACGGUGUAUAUCGGCAUGCUGGGCGAGCCCAAGUACGUCAAGACGCCCGAAGGCCUCAAGCCCCUUGACUGCUUCUACCUGAAGCUGCACGGAGUGAAGCUGGAGGCCCUCAACCAGUCCAUCAACAUCGAGCAGUCGCAGUCGGACCGAAGCAAGCGGCCCUUCAACCCUGUCACGGUCAGCCUGCCCCCUGAGCAGGUCACAAAGGUGACUGUGGGGAGGUUGCACUUCAGCGAGACCACCGCCAACAACAUGCGGAAGAAGGGCAAGCCAAACCCUGACCAGAGGUACUUCAUGCUGGUGGUGGCCCUCCAGGCCCACGCACAGAACCAGAACUACACGCUGGCCGCCCAGAUCUCAGAACGCAUCAUCGUGCGGGCCUCCAAUCCGGGCCAGUUUGAGAGUGACAGCGACGUGCUGUGGCAGAGGGCGCAGGUGCCCGACACCGUCUUCCACCAUGGCCGUGUGGGCAUCAACACAGACCGGCCCGAUGAGGCGCUGGUGGUGCACGGCAACGUCAAGGUCAUGGGCUCGCUCAUGCACCCCUCGGAUCUGCGGGCCAAGGAGCACUUGCAGGAGGUGGACACCACCGAGCAGCUGAAGAGGAUUUCGCGCAUGCGGCUGGUCCACUACAGAUACAAGCCGGAGUUUGCCGCCACUGCUGGCAUCGAGGCCGCGGCGCCAGAAACGGGUGUCAUCGCUCAGGAGGUGAAGGAGAUCCUGCCUGAGGCCGUGAAGGACACUGGAGACGUGGUCUUUGCCAAUGGGAAAACCAUAGAGAACUUCCUGGUGGUGAACAAGGAGCGCAUCUUCAUGGAGAACGUGGGUGCUGUGAAGGAGUUGUGCAAGCUGACGGACAACCUGGAGACGCGCAUUGAUGAGCUGGAGCGCUGGAGCCACAAGCUGGCCAAGCUGCGGCGCCUCGACAGCCUCAAGUCUACCGGCAGCUCGGGCGCCUUCAGCCACGCAGGGAGCCAGUUCAGCCGGGCGGGCAGCGUCCCCCACAAGAAGAGGCCCCCCAAGGUGGCCAGCAAGUCAUCGUCUGUGGUCCCAGACCAGGCCUGCAUCAGCCAGCGCUUCCUGCAGGGAACCAUCAUCGCCCUGGUGGUGGUCAUGGCCUUCAGCGUGGUGUCCAUGUCUACACUGUAUGUGCUGAGCCUGCGCACCGAGGAGGACCUGGUGGAAACCGAUGGCUCUUUUGCCGUGUCCACUUCCUGUCUUCUGGCCCUGCUCCGGCCCCAACACCCUGGGGGGAGUGAGGCCAUGUGCCCAUGGUCCAGCCAGAACUUUGGGACCACUCAGCUCCGACAGUCCCCGGUGACCACUGGGCGGCCGGGCACGCGGCCCUCCCUGCUGCUGGUUACCGCCGGCCCGACCAGCUCGGCCCCAGCUCCAGCCCUCCGCGCCUUGGACCUGUGCUCCGGCCGCCCCUGCCCAGUCGUCUGCUGCUCUUCGCCCAGCCCCGCCCCUGACCCCAGCCUUGGCCCCAGCUUUAAUCCUGGCCGUGGUCUCAGCCCCAGUCCCGGCCCCUCCACCAGCCGCUCAGGCCCCAGCCAGAUGGCCCCGCUGCCAGCCACCAACAUCAGAGCCAAGUCCUGGGGCCUGUUAGCCAAUGGCAUUGGCUACUUCAAGCAUCCAAAGAACUCGGACCCUGUGGCCAGCCCCGCGGUCCCCUUUCCUGGAGGCCAGGGCAAAGCCAAGAACAGCCCUAGCCUUGGUCUCCACGUCCGGGGCCGCCGAGGGGCCCCUCAGCUUGGCCUGAGCCCUGCUCAGCCCACCCAGGCCCGGAGCCAGCCAGUGGCCUCUCUCCUUGCAGACCCAGUGCCGUCCCUGACCUCCAUCCAGGUGCUGGAGAAUUCGAUGCCCAUCACUUCCCAGUACUGUUCCUCAGAGGAUGCCUGCAGGCCUGGAAACUUCACCUACCGCAUCCCCAUCAGCAGCAGCACCCCGCUGCACCUCCGCCUGACCCUGCAGAUGAACUCCUCGGCCCCCGUGUCCGUGGUGCUGUGCAGCCUGAUGUCAAAGGAGGAGCCGUGUGAGGAGGGAGGCUUUCCACAGAGCCUCCAUGCCCACCGGGACACCCAGGGCACCUCCCACCAGUGGCCAGUAACCAUCCUCUCCUUCCGCAGAUUCACCUAUCAUUUCCGGGUGGCACUGCUGGGUCAGGCCAACUGCAGCUUGGAGGCCCCGGUCUGGCUGGCCGCAGACUACUACUUCCACUUCUACCGCCUGUGCGACUGAGCUGCCCUCGGAGGCAGCGCCACAGCAGGGCCCGGGGGUCCCCGGGCGCCCCCUCCACACUGGAUGCCAUGGUGUUACACUGGAGCCCGCCGCUGGCACCUCCUCGGAGGAACUGAGGCGGCUCGGCCCUCCCCGCGCCUGGUGAA